AUGAACAAAUAUAUCGUUUUGUAUCCCUUAUUCGGUGUUCUUAUUUUAUCGGCUUUGCUUCAUGUAUAUUUUAUGACGAAUGUUCAACAAUCAACCCCGAGGUUUAAAAGCGCAGCAACUCACGGAAAAUUGAUAACUCAAACGGAGACCACUAACAGUAUAUAUCAUGGGAAACGGAAGACGAGGGUUGGACUAAAAAAUGGAUACCAUUCAUUGAAAAGGGACGACGUAUCUCAAAUCCAGACAGGUGACAGGAAAAAUAGAAAACAAUUAGCUCUGAGGUCUAACAGCGAAAGAGUACUAAACAAAUUGAUGAAACCUUCAAUUCAAACGAAAGGCACUUACCAAUUAGAUGAUCCCGAGGAGAAUGGAAAUCAUUUACUGAAAAAGGACGAAAUAUCGCAAAUCGAGACAGGUACCGAGAAAAAAAGGACACAUUUUCUGGGAUUAAAGGGAGCUUGGGGUCGGUUGGGUAAUCAUAUGUUUUUCUACGCUUCCUUAAGAGGAAUAGGGGACGCUAUCAACUAUACACCCAUUUUAAGUAGAACAGAUCCUAUACUUAAAUUGUUUGAAAUUAAUUUAAAUAAUUCUGUCGACAAAUUUACCCUGAACAAUAAUGUUGUGAAAGGUGAAAAAUGUAUAGGAAUUUUUACCAAAGAUCUGAUGUCACCCAUAAAUAAAACAACUAAUAUAACAGUGUUUGGAUACUUACAAUCGUUUAAAUAUUUCCAAAAAAUAGAAUCGGAUAUCCGAAAGGAGUUUAUCCUGAAAGCGGACAUCAAGGCUCGGGUCAAACAUAUCUUUAAUACACUUAACAUAUCACAUCGAAUAAAGGUUGGAGUUCAUGUUAGAAGAGGUGAUUUUGUGAAUAGAAAAGGAACCACGGUAGCUACCCCUUCGUAUUUUUACAAAGCUAUGAAUAUACUGAGACAAAAUUUAACAAAUCCAAUAUUUGUCGUGUGUUCAGAAGAUAAGAAAUGGGUGACAGAUCAUUUACAAUUUAACGAUUCGGUUAUUGUUCAUGAAAGUGUAGAAGUUGAUUUUGGAGUAUUAAUGAGUUGUGAUCAUAGUAUAAUAUCAUCUGGAACUUUUGGUUGGUGGACUGCCUAUUUAACGAAAGGUACCACCAUUUAUUUUAAGGGAUUUCCCUCACCCCCUCUCCUUGGAUGUAUCAUUCCUCCAGACUAUUAUCCAUCUCAUUGGAUUGGACUCGAGUAAUCCAUUUAUUUGAAUUCAACUCAAAAUAUCUAAUUAGCACGGACUCCAAUAUUCCAUCUAAUUGGAUUAAUCUAGUUAUCUUGGACUCAAAUAAUUAAUCUAAAUCGAUUGGACGAUAAUAAUUUAAUUUGAAAUAUUUUACUACAAUAAAUUAAACCUCUGUGAGCCAUUGGUGUGUGUAGAAAACUAUCAAUUUUAAUGACACACAACUGUUCGAAUGAUAGAAAAUGAGGACAGACGUAUGUGCGUAGGAUUCCUAUAAAUCGAGGACAUAUCGAUUGAUGUAUUUCCAAUCGUAGGCGUGAUCUGUCUACCUGGAAGUAAUUUCGUUCUCUGAAGACUGGACUACAUUAUAAAUUACAAAAAUACAAAUACUAAUUGAAGGUGGGGCCAAUGUCAUAUACUACUAACACACUGACCCUACCCACCUCAACUGAAGGUGGGGCCAAUGUCAUAUACUACUACCACACUGACCCUACCCACCCCCAAUUAAGGAUAUAUAGAGAAUCUCCUACCAGUCUUUUUUGAUAUCAAAAAAUAUCAACACAAGUUGAUAAAGUAACAAAAAACGAGGCUCUGCCGAGUUUUUUUUACUUUAUCAACGAUUGUUGAUAUUUUUUGAUAUAAAAAAAGACGAGUAGGAGAUUUUAUUUAUCACCCAAUCCCUUCUUACAUGCACAAAUAGAUAAAUAUAAUUCUUUGCUGUAGAUUUAACUUUUUACUGGACAUUAUGGCGUAGAGAUACAUCAUUUUUUGACAGCAAUUCAACCAUUGCAAAGUCCUUUAUAUUGACCCAGUGUUUCCAUCAAGGUCAAUUGAAUAACAAUAGUUCAUUUUUAAUAUUAAAAAAAGUUACUUUUAAUAAGAAAUGAACUGUUCUUUGAAAAUAAAAAAAAGUAGUUCCUUUUCAACUGACCAAUCAAAUUCAUGUAAAGCGAUAUCUCCUAAGGAGAUAUAGCAGUAGAUUAUGAAAUAUAUCACACAAACGAUAUCUACUGUAGAAUGUAUUAUUAGGUGAUAAUAUUCGAUAAAUAGCUGGUAUAGUACAGCAGAAAUCUUAAUUUACCUGACAUAUCCAAAUACAUUAAGAAUUUAGGUCACACACGCGUGUGUCUGAUUACUACAGAUAGAAGACAUUUUGGUUCUUUUAUUAACAACUGUAGACAUUUUAAGUCCUAUUAAACAUCUGGCCCACUAUUUAACAAAUGGUUGUAUUGGUCUGUUAUCAGCUUUCUAUGUAACAAUAACUUAGAAGAAAUAAACUUCCAAUCAAAAAUCAAUCCGCCAUUUUAUAACGUACGUACUGAUCACGUGAUUGUGUGUACACGAUUAUUUUGAGGUUAACACGUCAUACCCACCACAUAUACUGUACCGUCAACCGAGGAGAGAGGGAGAAAGGGAAAGAGAGAGCGAGAGAGACGUUGUUUAACGUCCACUUGACACAAACUAGGUCAUUUCGGGACUAACAUGGUUCAAUUUUAUUUCAAUAAUUCGCUUGCGCGUAGGGAUCUUUAGCAGUGGGAGGACCCGGAGAAAACCAACGAGGUUGGACAGGCGAUUCUACUCCUUGGCACGUACAAUCGGGAAUCGAAACCACGCCUGUUGACUCAAUGACAGUCUCUAUGAUACAGCGCGCACGUGCUAACCAUUCAGCCA